CAGGGAUUGUACUGAGUGGCUCCUUUGACUGAAAUUUGGCCGGUGUCUUCUACUUUAUAUAUCGUAUUCUUUUUACCUUCAAGGGCCCAUUGAAGUGUAUUAAAAGCACGCGGACUCUCCCAGUUUUGUUCAUUGCCUUGCUCCAACUAGUACAAAAAUUCAAUAGCUCUUAAUCACAGAAGACAGUCGUUAUAUUGUUCAAGUCUGGUUCAAGCUUAAUUUUUCUCCUUCAGAUUCUUGCUCGACCACCACCUUUGCGUCCCCUUCUUCAGUUUAGAUUUAUGGAUUUGAACUACAUAAAGCAAUCUCUGAGGAAGAAAAGAUCAAAUCGAACAAAAGGGUUAUUGAUGGAAGGCAAUGGGAGUGAUCAGCAGAGUUAUAAGAAAGGCAAAGCCUAUAGGCACCCAACUUAUCGUGGUGUCAGGAUGCGAAGCUGGGGAAAAUGGGUAUCUGAAAUACGCGAGCCAAGGAAGAAAUCAAGAAUUUGGCUUGGAACAUUCCCGACAGCAGAAAUGGCAGCUCGAGCCCAUGAUGUAGCCUCGAUAGCAAUAAAAGGUAGCUCGGCUUACCUGAAUUUCCCUGAGUCAGCUCAUGAACUUCCUAGGCCUGCUACCUCUUCUCGUAGAGACAUUCAAGAAGCUGCUAAUAAGGCAGCCUAUGCCAUGAUUGAUCAACAAGAAAGCUUCGAAGUUAAGGGGGAGCCAAGUCAGGAUGCGAUGCCAGUUCCUCAUUCCCCGAGCUCCAACACAACGUCAUCCCAAACUCAGGGUUCCCCAUCUUCUCAAUCAGUGAAUACUGAUCAGAGUAUGUGGUUUGAUCUUCCUGAUCUCUCCGUGGAAGCAAAUGCAAGUCAUCGAUUUGGUUACAGUUCCUGCUGGCAACAAGCAGGAAUUGACACUGAAUUCCAAUUCGAGGAAACAAUGCACUGGGAUAAAUAGCGGAUAUAGUCCUCAGGAGAAACCAUUCGGGUCGUGAAAUUGUGAUCUCCAGCCCGUGGUUUGUUUCAAGAAUUGGGGCUAUGGAUAUCUUCCUUGACCAACUUUACCUGUAUAAAGACCUUGAUCCAUACUCCAGAAACAUACGUGUAUUAAUUCUGCGUACUAAUGGAAUAAAAGUGUAAUCUGAAGAUUUCCUUUUGUUCAGUGUCCAACGGAUUCCAGUGCAUCUGGCCCUAGAUUUGAUAUUGCAAUGAAACUUCCAAAAUAAAUACCUCAUGAUUGACAGACAGAGGUGCCAGUUCAAAGAAUCUCUUUUCAGGGCGGGGGAAAGUUCUCUGUUGGCCAAAUCAAGCUGUUAUUAACAUAUGUGAUUACUCUAAACAUAGGGCAUCACACUAAUUAAUACUACAUAUUUUA